CGUUCAAAUCAGCAGCAAGUCGAAUAAUAUAAUUCCGUGCUAUAUCUGUUCCUCCGACAGACUUCUGUCGCACCGCAGUUUUACAUUGUCCGCAGUGGAUGAGCGUUAUCAGCAAUUUUCUUGCUUAUUCUGGAUUUACCAUGUGAAAGCAAACUUCAAUUCAGGUCAAAAUAAACACUUUUGGCGACGAUGAUUUCCAGCGCAGGUCAUAGUCAACCGGAACUGAGUGAUGCAUCCGAACCGGACUAUCGGGAACGAAUCCCGAACGUGUACUCGGUUAUGGUACCGCAGAUGCGAACAAUCUGCACCCCAUCGACACUUCGGAGGCGUAUCCAUGUGCUCGAGUGGCUACCGAAGUAUCGAGCCAGGUAUUUGCUGUCGGACGUCAUCGCCGGAGUCACGGUAACGCUGACGGCCAUCCCCCAGAGCAUAGCCUACGGGAUUUUGGCGAAUCUGACUCCUCAGGACGGAAUCUACUCCAACUUGGUGGGAUGUUUCAUGUAUUUUAUGUUCGGCAGUGUCAAAGAUGUGACGGUGGCGCCGACCUCGAUCAUGGCGAUCAUGAUCCAAGGGGUGGUUACGAAGCUUGGCCCAGGAGCGGCCCUGUUGACACUGAUGGCCGGUGCAAUAACUUUCCUGUUCGGGCUGCUCAAUUUGGGCUUUCUGGUGCGGUUCAUAUCGGUGCCGGUGAUCACUGGUUUUACGACGGCAGCCUGUCUGACGAUUGGUAGCGCUCAGCUGCGGUCGCUGUUCGGGAUCAGUAGCGCCGGGAAGGGCAGCGAUUUCAUAGACGCAUGGGAGAACGUGAUCGAGCAUAUUGGCGAGACGAGACUGUGGGAUGCAGUGCUAGGGUUCAGCUCGAUCGCGUUUCUCGUCAUUUUGAGGCUAACCAAAGAUUGCGGUCAAGGCCGGUGGAAGACAUUAUUUAAAUACCUUGCAUUGCUUCGCAAUGCUAUGAUCGUCGUCAUCGGUGCGUCGCUAGCCUACGGGUUCUCCCUCAACGGGGUACAACCGUUCAAAUUGACCGGUCACGUGGAAGCAGGUCUUCCACCGUUUCACGUCCCCCCACUGUCGAUCACUAACAACGGAACUUACUACUCCUUCUCGGAUAUGGUUUCUGUAAUGCGAACCUCGAUCAUCACGAUUCCCCUGGUCUCCAUUCUGGAGAUCAUUUCCAUUGGGAAGGCCUUCUCGAAGGACAAGAUCGUCGAUGCCACGCAGGAAAUGCUUGCUCUCGGGAUGUGCAAUAUGGCGGUUGCGUUCUUUUCGCCCCUGCCCGUAGCGGGAUCAUUCACGCGAACCGCGAUCAACAACAGUAGCGGAGUUAAGACUUCACUGGGAUGCGCCGUAACGACCGCCAUGCUUCUGUUGGCAUUGGCGGUCCUGACGGAUGCGUUCUACUACAUCCCCAAAGCCACGCUCGCUUCGGUCGUGAUCUCGGCCAUGAUCUUCAUGGUGGACUACCGAGGAAUGGCUGAGAUCUGGCGGGUCAAAAAGCUGGACAUGGUACCGUUCCUAGGGACAGUGAUUGCCUGCAUCUUCCUCGGGUUGGAUUACGGUAUUCUGAUUGGAAUCGCGAUCAACUGCUGUAUCCUGCUGUACCUCAUAUCGGUACCCAAGAUCGAAGUGCAUAUGGCUCUGGUUGAGGAUGUGCGGGUGCUUACGGUGCAACCGGCCAUGGAUUUGACGUUCUCUUCGGCGGAAUACCUUCGAGAUCGAGUGAUACGGGCGGUCGUUGAGGCGUUCGAAAAUCCCAUAGAUCUGGUCGUUCUGGAUGGGAGUACGGUGAACUUUGUCGAUACGACCGUGGUGAAGAACCUGGCCAGCGUGGAGAACGACCUGCGCUCAAGAGAGGUGGGACUAGUGCUGUGGCGGUGGAGUAGGAACACUGCCGGUGGAUUGGUACGACUGAAGGAUGGAUUCCGGGUUUUGCUGAGUGAUGAAGCGGAUCUACGGGAUGCUGUGCAUCAGUGGAGGGCAUCCUCCGAGGGUUAUCUGAAGGACGCAUCUGAAUAAUAAACCUUGAAUUGUGUCAAA